AUGCGCAUGUUCUUUCAGUACGGCAUCAAAACGGCUGAGAUCAGCAAAGUAUCAAACGACUUUGUCAAGAUUGCGAUUCCGAUGAACGUGAGCGCAGCAGACCCGCACCGCGACGGCGACGAAGAUGUCAACAGGAAACCUGCGAUGAAAGUGAUACUAGCGACAAGAGAUUCGCUGACCAGGAAUUGGUUUGAGCAGGCCGUCUUGGAGCUAGUAGCGAACAAGCUAAGCGGAUGUCGCUGUGACGAAUUGAGCGUGGACAUCUACUACACCGGUGAGGAGGAGCACGAUAGUUCCAUGGAAAGCCCGAGCGAGUUAGAAGAGAAGUCCGAAGUUUUCAAUGCGAGUGCUGGCUCAAGGACGAAAGCGUUGUCGACAGAUGUACGUCGCUCAGAGGAAGCCGCAUCAAACACCAUCCAGAUUGCGCUCACCCCGAAGCAUGUAUCGCAACGACCGGACCUUCCAGCUAUCAUCUCCGACGCAGCAGAUUACGGAAGUGGAAGUACGUCUGUACUGGUAUGCGGCCCAUUGAGUAUGCAGAGCGAUGUGUCGAACGCUGUUGCUCGUGCGCAGAUCGGUGGCAUGAAGGAUGGGAAACGGGAUGUGUAUCUGCACAUGGAACACUUUUCGUGGGCUUAA